AUGGCACCUUCACAAUCGUUUAUUCUUUUCUUGUCAUUCGUUUUGAGCCCAUUCGUUCAGGCUGCUCCUUGGCUUGUGACAGAUGUCUACGAGCAAGUGAUUACUACAGAUUACUAUUCCGAGUUGACUACCAUAGUCCAGAGAAUCACUCCAACUGCAGCUUUGCCAGACGAGGCCCUAUCCACCCUUACUACGACCAAUACCGUCUAUGACUACACCAUUAUUCAAAAGCUGUAUCCAGCGGGAUAUGGUGAAAAAAAGGGCUAUUACGGUGGCUACGGUGAAUCUCUUGGUAGUGAUGGAAACUAUCAUAGCACCAUCUACAAAGUCAACCUGACUUACUCGGCCCCGACGGCCUGCUCUACUCAAUGGACCACCACAACCGCUGCUUCAUUCAGCCCUCCCUAUGAGAUUGCGAGCUUGCUUCCUACGGAUAAUGUAGAGGCAUCUACCUCGGUCGACAACAGUCAGCCAUUCCAGCCCACCACCUACAUCUAUAAAGUGAUCUUCGUCGAUCCCACUCAAAUCCCCACCAUCACUAUGAACUCUCUGAGUCUCUACAAUGCCCCUACCUCUCGAUACUCAGGUUCCGGAUGCGAGUACACAACCCGUGCCUCUCAUUACGGCUAUUCUGACGAUUACAACACUGGCGAAACCGCCUCUGGUGUUGGCUCCAGCAGUUCAACUGACAAUAACGACUCCGAGUCCGGCUACUAUGACGACUACUGGGACGGCGACAACUGGUUCACCAGCAAAAGAUGGACCGGUAUUGGCAUUUCCUAUCUCGCAGUUACAUUGAUCUGCUUGCUGGGCUGGAUCGGCCUAGUGUUCAUCCUGGGCAUGAUCGAAGCCUGGAUACGAUUCCGUCGUCUCAUGACAGGCUGGCAGACCCGUCGUGGUCUCCCUCUUUUCUGGGCAUUUAUUUUGCUUCCUUUGUCUCUUUUCUUCCUGUGCUGUUUCCGAAAGGGAUACCGCGCCCGCAGCAAAGAAGACGCAGAGAUCCUCCAGCGGAGGUGGAAGAACACAGGUUUCUGGGCCAAGAUCCGCUUGUUCUUCAUCUGGGGUUUCCGCUUCGAGUACCCGGAUGUCUUGGGCCCCGCACCUGCGCUUGUCAGGGCAAGCAAGAGGCCUACUGAGUCUGGUCCGCGCUUGCUGGAUGCUACUCCUCCCGGUACCCAUGCGCCCUCGCUGGAUGGAUCGGCGGGGACUGCUCCGCCUGCUGGUCCUGAGAUGGCUCAGGCUCAGGCUCCUGGUCAUCAAGCUUACCCCUAUGAUGUUUCACAACCAUCCAGUACUCCACCAGCGGGUCGUGGUGAGUAG